UCAGGCUCAAUAUGUAUCUGAAUCAUCAUUUGAACCACACGAUUGGCUUCCACAACCUUCCCUUCCUUACCCUAUGCAUCAACCAAGAUAUUGAAGUGAUGACAUUCGGAAAUAUACAUUUACUCAACGUAUCAUCCUACAGCCUUUUAGCUUCAUUCCACCUAUCGUAGAAAUACCAAACCGAAUUUCAAAUAGUAAAAUAGACCGUAGACCCCAACGGUCGAAUUGUAUUUUAUAUUUCUCCACCCUUUUAAUCCUAAACGUCUCUGAUUUACUGUCACUUGUCAAACCAAAUCGAAAGGAUGAGGCAGAGAAGAAAGAACGCAUCAGAAACCCUACCGGCGCCGGAAGAAGAAGAAGAACAAUCAUCAGAAGGGGGCCGAUUCUUCGCCUGCUACCUGCUGACGUCACGCUGCCCCCGUUUCAAGGGCCACACCUAUAUUGGAUUCACGGUGAAUCCACGGCGGCGGAUAAGGCAGCACAAUGGGGAGAUUGGGAGAGGAGCUUGGAGAACCAAGAAGAAGAGGCCGUGGGAGAUGGCUUUGUGCAUUUAUGGCUUCCCAACUAACACUUCAGCUCUUCAGUUCGAAUGGGCCUGGCAGAACCCAUAUGUAUCAAAGGCAGUGAGGAAGGCUGCGGCGAACUUUAAAUCCCUUGGAGGAUUUGCCAAUAAGAUCAAACUUGCAUACACAAUGCUUACCUUACCGCCUUGGGAGAGCUUGAACCUCACUGUGAACUUUUUCUCAACUGAACAUACCAAGCAUGCUGCUGGUUGUCCACGCCUUCCAGAACAGAUGAAGGUCAAAAUUUGCCCCAUGGAUGAGCUUCCUUCCUGCAUAUCAGAAGAUGUUUCUGACAAUGAAGAUGAGUGGUGUAAAGAAAAGGGUAAUGAUGCUGCUAUGAAUAUCAAUACAUUAGAGGUAGAAGAAUUAUCAGAUCCUGUACGUCAUAAUUCAACAGAUGAUCGGCACAUUGAUACCGGCAAUAGAAGUAAGGGAGUAUAUGCACAGAAUAAAGAAGUUGGAGAUGAUGAGUGGUAUAAUGAUAUAUCUGAUGAAGCUAUGAACAGUGGUCUAUCCUGGGAAGAAACAUUAACAGAUUAUAUGGUUAGAGAUUCAGCAAAUGACCUGGAAAUGGGUAUUGGCAAUACACCCAGUCAAUUUUAUGGAUGCAAUAAAGAAGCACAAGAAGAGACUACUGGGGAAUUUAUCACGUCACCAGUGAGAAUGCCAUACUCCAAUGUCUUUCCCUCGUUUAAUACAGAAGUAAGUAAGAAUAUAGGUUUGUUUGAUGACAGUACUGCCAAGUUGGAUCAGCCUGCAAGGGAACAAUCACCAACUGUAAUAGCUGCGAAUGAUGAACGGUCUCCUAGCAACUGUUAUCUCAGGCCUUGCAAUUCUGAGGUAGUGGAUCUAAUAACUCCAUCGCCAUUGUGCAGAAAUGGUUUAUUUGGUAAGAAGAGUAGAGCUCCUACAUCUUAUCCUGAGAUUAUCGACUUGACUAAGUCUCCUAAUUUCAUCCAGUUAUAGAGUCGAACAAGUAUUGUGCAUAAUUGUUGGAGCAAGCAAGUUUGCUUGACGAUGUUGUUGUUUGAUCGACAAAUUCAGAUGAGUUAUUGUGAUCAGUGCCUGAUGGUGACAUGGCGUGUUGUAAGCACCCAAUAGUGCCAAUAGUUUAGUUUGAACUCUUCAAUGCAAUAAAACUAUUUUUCUUUUUCAUUUCCGCUUGUUCUGAUUCAUAUUCUGUUAUUCAAUUUUAAUGUAUCAUCAUACACUAUCUGCUUCUGUAGAGGAGUUAUGAUUUUGGAAAAAGGAUGAUGUGUUGUUUUG